GAUUUUUACAAAACAAAGAUGGAAGAGCAAGUCAGAAGUCAAAAUAGCUCGAAGAUGUAAGUGACGGCGCCUGAAUACUCUUGGCUGGUAGAUUUCACCUACCUCAUUUUUUUCAUAUAUCUCAAACGUGGAAUCGCUGUUACUCAGUUUUUAUAUAUAAAAAUAAACACUCGCUCUUCUUCAACCAAACUCAUUUCCAAAAUUCCACAAAGUUUUUCAAAUGGCGAUUGCUUUCAAAUCCGGCGUCUUCUUCCUCCAAUCCCCAAAAUCUCAAAUUGGAUUCCGCCAUUCUUCUCCUCCUGAUUCAUCGCUUUCUUUCAAGAGAUUCACUCCCAUGGCUUCUCUCUCCACCUCUUCUCCUACUCUCGGUCUCGCUGAUACUUUCACACAGCUCAAAAAACAAGGCAAAGUAGCAUUCAUACCAUAUAUCACAGCUGGUGAUCCGGAUCUCUCUACUACUGCUGAAGCAUUGAAAGUUCUUGAUGCUUGUGGUUCUGACAUAAUCGAAUUGGGUGUUCCUUACUCUGACCCUUUAGCUGAUGGACCUGUUAUUCAGGCUGCGGCAACAAGGUCGUUGGAGAGGGGAACAAACCUCGAUAGCAUCCUUGAGAUGUUGGAUAAGGUUGUUCCACAAAUAUCUUGUCCGAUUUCGUUGUUCACGUAUUACAACCCGAUUCUUAAACGUGGGUUGGGGAAGUUCAUGUCCAGCAUCAGAGCUGUUGGUGUACAGGGACUUGUGGUUCCCGAUGUUCCUCUUGAGGAAACUGAGAUGCUGAGAAAAGAAGCCCUCAACAACGACAUUGAGCUGGUCCUACUCACUACACCAACCACACCAACAGAGCGAAUGAAGCUAAUUGUUGAUGCGUCAGAAGGAUUUAUUUACCUUGUGAGCUCAAUUGGAGUGACUGGUGCACGAUCAUCUGUAAGCGGAAAGGUUCAGUCGCUCUUGAAGGAUAUCAAAGAGGCGACAGACAAGCCGGUGGCAGUCGGUUUUGGAAUAUCAAAGCCGGAGCAUGUGAAACAGAUAGCUGGAUGGGGAGCUGAUGGAGUGAUCGUAGGCAGUGCAAUGGUAAAGCUAUUGGGUGAUGCAAAGUCGCCAACUGAAGGACUUAAGGAGCUUGAGAAACUAACCAAGUCUCUUAAAUCUGCUCUUCUUUGAAACACAAACAUUUGCAGACAACAUCUUUAGAUUGUGUUUUUGAUUAUUAUCGGUGUGUGACAAUGAUGUCUCAAUCUUUUGAUACAUUUCAAGUAUGAUUAAUAAGUUACUGUGACUCAAGCCACACAACCAGUUGCUCGGUUUACACAGAAUAAUAAAAACGUUAUGACUCAAAUUGUUUUCCAAUUUGGUUCGAUAAAUUUGCGACCCGGUUUGAUAUUAUGGUUCGAUUAAACCAGAACAAAACAACCCUAUAUAUAAUUUCUUUUGAAAUGAAUGAGAAAUAAAAAAACAAAG